AUGGCCGAUCGUUUCGACGGUGUGAAGAAUAAUCAAAUGAAAAAGGACGCGUACGACCUGCUCGCUGCUGAACUGUCGAUUGAGAUGGAGCGUGUCUUCGACGCACGCAGUGCUCAAAACAAGAUACAUGACCUCAAGCAGCAGUACUUUAAGCCGCAAGUCAAAGCGACAGGCAAUGGACUUUUGGUCCGUUCCAAGCCUCAGUACUUCGACAUUAUGUUUGAGUAUUGGGGAAGUAUGCCUGGUUUGUCGCGUGACACAUCAAUGUCGUCUGAUGUACCGGCAUUGGACGGCAAUGCAAACACUGAUGUAUUGCCGUUGUACGGCAAUGAUGUCGUCCAUGACAGCGAUGCCAGCUCGUCGGCAUUGGAGAGUGAAUGUGAUGAGCCCACUGUAAAGAAGUCUCCUUUGUUGGAGCGCAAACUCUUUUCGACGAGACCAAGUGCGGUGAAGAAGCUGUCGGUGCUGGCCUCCAAUCUUUGGGUACUGCGGUUGCGUCAACACGUGCUACACCAUUGA